AUGCGCUGGUGGCCGGGACCAAAGGCCUUUGGAGGCCGGCAAAGGCCCGCGCCUGCACAAAGGCCCACAGCGCUGGUGUCUGGGCAGCGCACGGUGGCGUUUGUGGCCCCAGCGCCAACAUGCGGGGCCCGAUGCUGGUCGCUGGCAACUGCCGUGGCACCGCCAAGCCUGAACACCGAUGGAGCCUGCUGCCGGCGUCUGAACGCCGGCAAAGGCCAUAGCGGCAUCCCGGGAAGUGUUCCCGGGGCGUCACGGCACCAGCUGGGGGGAGGCCUUACAGCAUGGUGCAGUUCUCUGUGCAAAGCUGCGGCUAUGGUAGCCAGUGGCUCCCUACUGCUGGCGGGGAUCGGUGCUGGAAUCUGGGCUAUCGUGAUGUCGGUUUUUGGAAGCGAAGGAGAGAGUCUGUACGUCGUCCAGGUGAGUCUCGGAGACCAGCGCCUCACCCUGUACGAUGAGAGCAAAGGGAAAUGGAGGCUUCUGUGUUCAUCUCCCGCUGACGCCCAAAUGGCCACCAUGGGUUGCGAGGAGAUGGGCUUCAUCAGAUCUCUCUCGCACUCGGUCCUGUCUGCCAACACCACGGGGGUGAACGGGACUUCUGGCUAUUUCUGUGUGGACGAGUACCGCCUGCCUUUUGCCCGAAGGCUCAACGAGGCCAUUGUUGUGUGUGAAUGUCCAACAGGCCAGUUCCUGGCAACGCUCUGCCAAGAAUGCGGACGCCGAAAGUUGCCCGUGGACCGCAUUGUGGGGGGCCUAGACGCCAGCUUGGGCAAAUGGCCGUGGCAAGUCAGCCUGCGCUACGACGGGACUCACAUCUGCGGGGGCUCCAUCAUCUCUGACGAGUGGGUCGUCACGGCUGCGCACUGUUUCCCAGAGAAGACUCGGUUGGUCGGCCGGUGGCUGGUGGUCGCAGGUGUGGUUUCUCAGCUCUCUUCCCAGGGGCUGCAGGUGGGGGUGACGAGUGUCGUGUACCACGGCGGGUAUCAGCCUUUCCUGGAUCCCAACAGCGAGGAGAACAGCAACGACAUUGCUCUUUUGCACUUGGGAACGCCCCUUUCCUUCAGUGAAUAUAUCCAGCCCGUCUGUCUCCCAGCCCUGGGCCAACCCUUGGUGGAUGGCAAAGUCUGUACAGUGACUGGCUGGGGCAACACACAGUACUAUGGGCAACAGUCGGACGUGCUGCAAGAGGCCAGCGUGCCGAUCAUCAGUACCAGCGUCUGCAACGGCCUGGAUUACUAUGGCAAGCAGAUCAGGCCCAAGAUGUUCUGCGCAGGCUAUGCUGCUGGGGGAAUGGACGCCUGCCAGGGUGACAGUGGUGGCCCCUUUGUGUGUGAGGACAGCAUCUCACAGGCUGCACGUUGGCGACUCUGUGGCAUCGUGAGCUGGGGCACUGGUUGCGCGUUAGCCAACAAGCCGGGAGUCUACACCAAGGUCAAUGACUUUCAGGGCUGGAUCUACCGGGCCAUGAAGACGCACUCCCAGGCCAGCGGGAUGGUCAUCCAGCACUGA